UUAUUUUAUUUUGAAGAGGCUAAUUGGGAAUCUUCAUUAAGCUUUGUGAUCAAGCCUACUCUUGCACGCUAACUAACGACAUAUUUUCUUCUUAUCUUAUUGUUGCAGACUUUUGGGUCAUCAUUGAGCUUGGUGUAGGUAAAGAAAUUUCAUCACUUUUGUUCCUCUGCGCCCUUUUCUUCAUCUCAUUCAUUUAUAAUCCAAACCUUUGCUCUGUUACUCCCUUGGAUCACCGGUGUUUGGUUCAUUUGGAGCAGUGAGGUCUUUAAUCUGAUUUUUUUUUAACCAAUUCAUGGCGGAACUGAUAGGACCCCGCUUGUAUUGCUGCUCUAAUUGUAGAAACCAGGUCUCACUCCACGAUGAUAUAAUUUCCAAGGCUUUUCAUGGAAGAAAUGGCCGAGCCUUUCUGUUUUCCCAUGCAAUGAAUGUUGUGACAGGGCCAAAAGAAGACAGGCAUCUAUUGACUGGCCUCCACACUGUUGCUGAUGUUUAUUGUGGUGAUUGCCGUGAAGUGUUGGGUUGGAAGUAUGAAAGAGCUUAUGAAGCGUCCCAGAGGUACAAGGAAGGAAAGUUCAUACUUGAAAAGUCAAAAAUUGUUAAGGACAACUGGUAGCAUUACACCAUAACCUCAGUCCAUUCAUUCUGCUCUUCAUGUUGCUUCUUUCAUGCUUUGUUGUGUAAUCUUGUAUAGGAGAACCUUCAACCAUUUGAAAAUUGUCAUUGUUUCCCCACCUUCAAUUUCCCCAGGUUAUGGCCAGAAAUGAAAUUGGUAUAUAAACUGUUUAUUCCUUGUUAAUAGUAUUGUGUAUUCAUUUCUGCUCUAUGGA